AUGCAGUCCAAGAUCUUCUCUGCUGCCGUCGCCGCCUUGGCCUUGACCUCUUCGGUCAACGCCGCCGCUGUCGACACGAGGCAAAACAACGUCAUCGUCAUCCAGCCUGCAUCGAUCGUUGGUCCCACGAUUGCGUUCGACCCUUCGGCUCUUGGUCUCGAGGCUCUUGUCUACAGAGCGCUUGACCAGCUCCGCGACGACAUUACCCGCACUUCUGCCCUCAUCACGGAGCUGAACAAGGCUUUCUACGCCAACUUGGAUGCCAAAAAGGCGCAGGCCGAUGCCGUUGUCAAGCAGGUCCAAGAAAACGCCAACAACAUCAGAAUCAAGUUGGAGAGCCUCACUGGCACCAUCCAGGGCAAGAUCGACGCGCUCCCCAAACAGAUUCCUGCGGCCCCGACUGCCCCCACGCUUCCCGCGGUCCCUACUCUUCCUACUGGAGGCUCUGGUGGAGGCUCCGGCGGUGGCGGUGCUGGCGGCGCUGGUGGUCCUGGAGCUGCCGUUACCUCUGUGGUCAAUGGUGUCACUACCAUCAUCGGAGGCAUUCCCACCGCCGUCGCCGGUGGCAUCGUGAGCACCGCUGUUGCCAACGCGGGCGGUGCUGCCAACUCCGCUGCCGGUGCCGCCGGGGCUGCUGCUAGCUCUGCUGUUGCUGCUGGGGGCGCUGCCGGCUCCGCCGCCGCCGGUGCUGCUCAAGGUGCUGCUGGUACUGCUGUCGCCGCCGCCGGUGGGGCUGUCAACACCGUUGUUGCCGAGGUUCCCGGUGCCGUUUCGACUGCUAUUGGCACCGUUGGCGGCAUUGUCGACAGAGUCGAUGCGGUUCUUGCUGCUGCCCGCACCCUGAACUCCCAGGCCAGAAGCCAGAUCAACCAGGUCGGCAGCUACUUGGAGACUCUGAUUACUCCCACCAUCGGACAGAUCAAGACCGAGUCCGCCAAGAGCAUCGCCAACUCCUUCAAGCAGAUCUCUACCGCCACCGACACCUUCUUCGUCGUUGUUCUGGCUGCCGCUGAGAACGGCCAGGGCACCAGCGCUGUCUUGAUCCAGCGCAUCACCGCUGCCAAAGUCAGCCUCAACCCUACUUUCAUCCUCGGCAUCAGCCCCGACGUUACCUUCUAA